AAAAAAGAGCGUCGAACCUGAAGAACCGCCGCCUCGCUGCUGCACUGGUGCUCCGUCGAUGGCCUCCCGCAUCCCCGCCGGCUGCCCUCCCGCGCCCGCCGCCGCCGCCUCCCCGAAUCUCCCCCGACGCUGCCUCCAUCGAAACACCCACGUUCGAUCUCCGUCGACGGUCGGCGGCGGCUCCUCCAAGGCUCCAAGCGCUUUCCUCAUCCGCUCUUCUUCUCGUCGCCGGCUUCCAACAGGGACACCAGGUCGUCUUGCUCCACCAGAUUGCACGUCAUGUCUGCGCAUUCCUCCUUGCCCACAAAACACCCACAGCCUCAUGAUAACUACUGUCUACUAACUAGUUUUGUCUGUCACUGUUUUGUGCUACUUUCGGUUCCGUGGAUGGAUUCUUGAUGCUGUGCUGGUGGGUGUGAUAUCUGUUACUCCCUCCGUCUGAUAAUUCUUUUCAAAAUAUUAUAUUUAUCUAGACCCUUUUUAGGAAUAGAUACAUCUAUUUUUUGGGCAAAUUUGAGACAAGAAUUAUGGGACGGAGGGAGUAUAUUAGUACCUUUGUAUGAUUUGGCAAGGCUUGUUGGGUAGGUAGGAUAUUAGUCCAUGGACUCUAUCUUCUGUCAUUGUCUCUUGUGAGUAGCUAUUGCUGCUGUCAUUUCCUGUUAGUCCAUCAGGUCAAACUAGGUGUUAUCUAGCACUAGUAGUUAAUUGAUCAGUGUAACCCUGGUGGUGUUAGAAUUGCUCACUUGUAUCAUCAGGAUUUUAAUAGAAAAAGGGUUUCCUAUUGUCUAGUUUCAGUACAUCAGUGGUCCAAGUUGAUGGUAGAACUGGAAUUGCUAUGGAAAAAUAGCAUUGCCAAUCAUAUGAAAACUAGAACUAUUAGGACAUAUCUAGCAUUAAAACAAGGGAACAGGAGUUAGUAAUCCAUCAUAUUCAGCACAAGAGGUGGCUAUUUUGGACUUUUGUUGCAGACUUAUUUCUAUACUCUUGAGGGACUGAUAGAAAAAUAAACUUACUUCUAUUAGACUCUACGGCCGUGUGACUUCUAUUUAAUUAGAAUACGUAUCUGAUUGCCAAGCUCUCUUAGCUUAGGAAGGAAGACACUAAUAAAUUGCACAACACUGGCCAACCGACUUCCAAAAAUUAUAAAAAUCUGGGAACAAGUUAUCUUACCAAAUUUAUCACCCUUAGCUAAUGUGAUGUUGCAUAAAACUGUUGCUUACAUUUUCCCGACAUGUCCACACUAGGGUUUUAACAGGGUUUAAGUGAUUCCAAGCACCUCUCUCCUAAUCAACUCAUGUGUACUACAACUUAUACAAAGUCAACUCAAUCAGACAUCAUCGAAGCAAAAUUACUUGGGAGUUGAAGUAUGACAAUUACAGAAUAAAACCCCCAGUUUUUCACACUUAAUGUUUCAAGCAUUGAACUAAUGAAAGUUCCAACCGCAACAGGAGUCAAGCAAGCACUGCUAUCAUUGUCGGAUAAAACGGACUUGGCCCAGCUUGGAAAUGGUCUUCAGAGCUUGGGGUUUUCCAUCAUAUCCACUGGUGGUACUGCAUCAAGUCUGGAAGCAUCUGGAGUGAAUGUUACAAAAGUUGAACAGAUCACACAUUUUCCUGAAAUGCUUGAUGGAAGAGUAAAAACAUUGCACCCUAGUAUACAUGGUGGCAUUCUUGCUCGAAGAGACCAAGAACAUCAUCUGAAAGCAUUGAACGAGCAUGGCAUUGGGACAUUUGAUGUGGUUGUGGUGAACUUGUAUCCAUUCUAUGAUAAAGUUACCUCUGGUGCAAUUUCUUUUGAGGAUGGCAUCGAAAAUAUUGACAUUGGUGGGCCUACAUUGAUCCGAGCUGCAGCAAAGAAUCAUAAGGAUGUUCUUGUUGUUGUGGAUCAUAAAGAUUACCCUGCUGUAUUGGAAUAUCUACAAGGAAAGCAACAUGACCAGCAGUUCCGUAGGAUGCUGGCAUGGAAAGCUUUCCAGCAUGUUGCUUCUUACGAUUCAGCCGUCUCAGAAUGGUUGUGGAAGCAGCCAAACAAAGGAGAUAUAUUCCAACCAAGCCUUACUAUCCCCCUUUCGACGAAGUCUACACUUCGUUAUGGCGAAAACCCUCAUCAAAAGGCUGCCUUUUAUGUUGACAAGAGUCUUUCUGUAGUUAAUGCUGGCGGCAUUGCAACAGCAAUUCAGCAUCAUGGAAAGGAAAUGUCGUAUAACAACUACUUGGAUGCUGAUGCUGCAUGGAACUGUGUGUCAGAGUUUGAGAACCCUACUUGUGGUGUGGUUAAGCACACAAAUCCGUGUGGUGUUGCGUCCCGGGCUGAUGUCCUCGAGGCAUACAGGUUGGCUGUAAAGGCAGAUCCUGUGAGCGCAUUUGGCGGGAUUGUUGCCUUCAACACCACAAUCGACGAGGAUCUCUCGAAGGAAAUUCGUGAGUCGGAUGGUGAGACGCGGAUGUUCUACGAGAUCGUGGUCGCACCUGGGUACACAGAGAAGGGCCUCGGGAUCCUGAAAGGGAAAUCGAAGACGUUGAGAAUACUGGAGGCGAAGAGAAGCGAGAAAGGGAUGCUGUCGCUCAGACAGGUCAGCGGUGGCUGGUUAGCUCAAGAGUCGGACGAUCUAGCGCCUGAAGACAUCACCUUCACAAAGGUUUCCCAGAGGGCUCCGACUGACGGCGAGCUCUCAGAUGCCCGGUUCGCCUGGCUCUGCGCGAAGCACGUCAAGAGCAACGCCAUUGUGAUUGCUAAGAAUAACUGCAUGCUGGGCAUGGGCAGCGGGCAGCCGAACAGGGUGGACAGCCUGCGGAUCGCCUUUAGGAAAGCCGGAGAGGAGGCCAAGGGCGCUUCCCUAGCCAGCGACGCUUUCUUCCCAUUCGCUUGGAAGGAUGCGGUGGAGGAGGCAUGCGAGAAGGGCAUCGGUGUGAUCGCGGAGCCUGGCGGCAGCAUGAGGGACAAGGACUCCGUCGACUGCUGCAACAAGUACGGCGUCGCCCUCCUCUUCACCGGCGUCCGCCACUUCAGGCACUGAACUGAAGAACUAAACAGACGGUGCAGACUCUCGAGAUUGAUCGCUAUGCAUCAUCCAUCAUAUCCAUCCCCCAUUAUUGAAAUGCAGUGUGCGCUGCUUUCAAUUUAUAAGGUAGUAAUAAAAGUACUUUACAAGAGUGUAUCAAAGGAGAGGAACUGUAAGGGUUAACCUGGGAGAGAGAAGGUAAGAAAGGAGAAGCAGCUUUCGGGGCUUGGAACUCGCCUAAAGAAAAUUACAAUGAAGCGUUGGCAAGGCUUCGAUCUCCCCAAGCCUGACAAUCUGAUCCAACCAAGCAUCGCUGUUUGCAGCGGCCGUUCGGAGCGAGACGAGUUCCUCGCAGAAGAAUUGUACAGCAGAUUUGCGCAUGACAGUCUAGUUCUGGGAUGUCAUAAAGGGGAUCUUAUGGCUAUGUUUGUCCAGUUGCAAACAGGGAGCUGCCCCUGUCUAAACUAAAUUCCAGGGUCAUAACCCUUUUACCCAAGAAAGAGGAUGCAGUUCAGAUUCAA